AUGCAGAGAUUUGGGCAGAUCGAAGUGGGAAAAUAUGGAUUCGAGAUGUUAAGUCUUCCAACGUCGCAAGAUCAUCUUGAGCUUGGUAUAGACAUUGUGAGCGAGGACCAGAAGACUGUUGUACAUCACAAAGUCGCUGCGAAGGUCGAACAUGCAGGUUUUGCCGGCUCAACUAAUAAUGUUUUAGACAUGAGCUUUGGCGAUUUAAAUCCCGCCAAUGGAUCAAUGAUGUUACCGUCUCAAGGACCAAUGAUGAGAGGGAGAACUAGUAGUCAAAGUUCAAUGGGUAGUAAUGGCCGCAUGGGGCCACCAGGUAGUGUAGCUGCGAGCCAAAUGAGUGUCAUGGUCCAGCACGAAAUGCGGACGGCUCGAUUACAAAACUCUGAUCUAGGGCGAGCAGACAAUUUCUUUAGUGGCCUGUUAUCGAAGGAGAAUGUGAAAGAAAUUGAUGGCGCGCCAAACGUAGAACUACCAAAACCUGCGGUAGCAAAUGGUUCUGCAUUACCCUUCAGGGCUGAAGGCAAACCUCGAUUCUCUGACCCUCCUGCACCCCCGCCUCAACAACCUCUUCCUGAAAAGCCGGAUGUUGCUCGUUCCCAUAUUUUUGACCCCGCGUCACCUACUGCUUCUUUGAGGAGGGCAAAUAUCGAAAAAAAUAGGUCCUUGGCGAAUGGCUCUCCGGUCAGAGAAGUAAGUAGUCAAAUAAUUACUUUGGUGGAGGCAUUGGCAUCAGCCAAGAAAGAAAUUGACUCGCAGAGUGCUCGGAUGCGUGAUUUAGAGGAUAUGCUUCAGAAGGAACGGCAAGCACGAGAAACAGCGGAAGAAAUGGCUAAAAGACUAGAGCUCCAGACCCCAGAGGGUAAUAUGAAUGGGAGAGCUAAACCCGGGAUGGAUGGAUCAAUUAUUGAAGAUGCUUUUGAUCCACCCUCGGAAGACGGGUUGUCACAAGACAAAGCCGUCAAUGCACAUGUCGAUGCUAAUGGUAUCGCCGACUCAUCUCGUCGGUUAGAGCAACGUCUUGAAACUAUGCUUUCUGAUAUGCAGGAGCUGCGAUCACAAAUGGAGUCAUACAAAAAGAGAGCAGAGACGGCCGAGGCAGAGUGUGAUACCAACCGAAGGAGUUUAGCAGAAAUGAUUGAGAAAAUUCGCUUGAAUGAACGACUCGGACAAUUAGAUUCUUCCGAUCGAUCCAAAUCUCCAUCGAAGCAACACUCGGACAAUCACCUCAAUGGAGCUGUGAAUAGUGGUGAUUUGGCACUUCAUCCUAUGAAGCGGCCGAAUGGUAUAAAACAUAGCUCAUCCGAAAAAGAUGAACUUCAUGCGUCGCUCAAACAUGUGAUCGCCUCCUCAGCUAAUACUGGCCACGAUCCUUUAUUAUACCACUCGACACCUUAUGUCUCAAUGCUUGGUGUCGUCGUGAUUGGUAUGGGAUUGAUGGCAUAUCUCAAUGGUUGGCAACCACCAAAAGUUAAUCAUUAG